AUGCUUUCUCGCUCCUCGGAGCCAACCGAUAUUCCUGCUGGACCUCGGGGUGCUCUCAUGUUCUUUGUAUUGAAUACUGUCUUGUUUUCAGGAGUUCUCAUUACGAGUGUUGUCUGGUUUUGUAUCAGUUUGAAAACCGACGAUAGCUUUUCAGUGCAACAAAUUGCUCGAGUGGAGAAUGCCCGAUAUGAAACGAUCGUGGUGAAUACCUCUUCAAUAAAUUCGAAGGCAUGGAUUCCGAGAAAUGAUGAAGAUUCUUCUGAAGUUUGGUAUCGAGCAGAGGUGAGAUAUUUGAGUAAUGAAGAGCAAACUUCCGAGAGGACAGCCCUCACAACUCCCUUUUUAGCUUCGCAGUAUUCCAAUAUUCAGAAUGGUUCUGUGGUGUUUUGUUAUUCGAGCCGAUCCCCACUCCUUAAAGGAUAUUGCUCACUAGAAAAUGGUAGUCAUUUAUUCAGCACGUGGUUUGUUUUUACCUUUUUUUCUGGGCUAGGUUUUGGAAUGUUUGGGGUCUCUUCGUUGUUCCUGUCUUCUCCAAGAAACAAGAAGAAGUCUUAG